GCUGUGGUUGCAGUGAACCUCCUAUCAAUCAUCCUUUUUGCAAAGAACAGUAAUCUUCGCACUCGUGCCAUGUACUUGGUUAUAAACUUGACCGUGGUUGAUAUGUUUGUUGGACUAAGUGCCAUUUUCGCUCCAGUAUUACUUUUCCUCCUCUACGGUUGCGAAGCUGGAAAUAUAAUUUUGAUCAGGCCGGAAUUGCCACUUAUUUUGGUUGUGCUUUCAGUGAUAGAGGGGGGACUCCCUCUCACCUCUGUAGCAGGUAUUGCAGUAAUUUCUUUAGAUAGGAUGCAUGCGACGUUUCGUCCAUUCAGGCAUCGCAACAUCAAAACAUGGGCCUUCGGGGUAACAAUUGCGGGCGUCUGGAUUUUAACUGCGAUGAUAGUAAUUCUCUAUCCGUUAAUAAGUCUCUAUGGGAACUUGCAACAACAGUGGCAAUUGGUAUUUCCUUCGUACUUAUUGCUCUCAUAUUGCUGCCUUUGCCUUAUUGUUAUCUGUGUUUCUUACACCUCCAUUGCUUUAAAAUUUUGGUGUGGAACCCGUCCUCCGUCCCGUAGUGCGGCCAAUAGACAAAGAAAAGUGACUGUCACAUUAUUCAUAAUGACCAUUGUAUCUUUGCUGCUGUGGUUACCAUAUGUUGUACAUACUUUUGUUCUACGUUCUGUUCUAGUUAGAUUUUCUUUCCUGACACAUUUACGCUUGAGAUUAUCUUUUUCUCUUCUAUAUCACACAAACUCGCUUGUUAAUCCCAUUAUUUACACAAUCAGAAUGCCAGAGUUCAGAAGAGCUCUCCUGAUAUUAUUUAAACGUCGACAAAGGCAAAAUGCUGCUAUUCCUCUUCAAGCCCGUUAAUUUACCUUGUCUAAAACUUUAUUGUAAGUUCAAAUGAUUACCAGUCAACUAUGUCAACUAUUGCUGUUUUGUUGCAUGAAACAAAAUCUCUUGAAAAUAGUAGUUCAAUGCAUAGUGUUAUUACUAACUUUAGAUCGAUAGAGCAAUUUUCCUAUAACCUCGAAAAAUGGUUUCGGCUAAGUGUUCGUUAUUUGUUUUAUCAAAGAUCAAAACAUGGGCUCUUCGUUUUCCCGCUCAAGAAAACCCUAAUAUGCAGAAGACAUUGUUCGAUUGGCCAAUCGUGUUGCAGUAUGUUUUCAAAGCGAAGUAUCAAUUGAUUUCUGGAAAGGUCUCGGGCAUGAAGGUUUUAAUUUUACCCGAACGUUUCCUUAACCAACCAAAAGCCAUUCCUGUUUGUAUCCGUUCGAUAAACCAUUCAAAUCGCUCUAUUUCCUUUCGUUUGUUGUUCUGUUUCGUUCUCGUGUGUUCAUUUCAAGGUCAUACGAAAAUCGCUCUAAAAAGACUGUAAAUACAUAUAAAAAAACCUGUUUUUCAUUUAAAGGGGCUACCUCACGCUAUUUGAUAAUAUCUUUUUAAAACAGAUAAACAGUCUCUUGACAUCAAUUGUUAAGGUCCAGUCUUGUUUUAACUUUUUUACAUUACAUGACAUUUAAGCGUUGAAAACGUUUCCUGUUGCCUUUGUAAAGGGUUGGCAAGGAUGAAUAUGGAUCGACUUGAAAAAGUUGAGCCAACAUUUUCAAGUUUUAAUGCUAUCCAAAAAAAAUUAUUAUUAUUAUUAUUAUUAUUAUUAUUAUUAUUAUCAUUAUUAUUAUUAUUACUAUUAUAUCUUGUUCAUAACUCUACGGGAGCAAAGAUAAACCUAAAACAGCAAUGUCCUCGUACUAGCUCCUUUAAUCAAUUAAAAAAACCAUUACAUAUUAACUCCUUAAUCAGUUCAGUAGGCAUGCUUAUUGUCUAAUGAACUUGAGGAAUUGUCCAAUGGAAAUGACACUUUCCGCGAGCAAUUUUUUUUCCUCCUUUACGAUUAUCAUUAAACUGCUGAAAUUUCUUUCGCUUGGAGAGCCCUAUUGCGAAGGCAGAUAGACGCUUUUAAAAACUGUGUAACCCGGGGAGAGGGAGGGAGCUCCGUACAAUGCACUACACGGGGUACCAUUUUCAGGCUUCAGGCAUGCAUAGAUUAGCUAGUAUUUCAUAUUUAAAGGAUAGUGCAUUUACAACAGUUAAAAGGGAUGCAGCGUUUAUUAGGUAUGUGAAAGGCAUAUCAUUUCCCAGUAAGGGGUACCUUUUCUGUCAAAAAUGGUAUCUAAAAGCUGGUAAAGGGUUGGACCAUGGGGCGGACCCUAACUUUGUUGAGUAGCCCCCCUCUCCCCCCUCCCAUGGGGCUGUGUACUUGGGUUGUUCAGUCUAUUUGCAUAGUAUUUGACCAAUGUAGCCUUUGUUAUUUUUACAGCUUUUUCCUUUUUCAAUGCAUUAUUAAGAAUCCUAUUGAAAUAAAACACUAAGGGACGUUUUUGCAGUUGUUCAAAUCACUCACAGCGCGUUCUUUGAACAUUACAUAAACUAGAGUAAAACCAGCGACUAAGAACUCGGUUUUUAAGUUAGGUCUCCUCUAUACAAGAACGUGUUUAGCCUAAAAUUUGAAACAGGACCUUAUUUUGCUAAAAAUCCAUAAAAUAAAUCUGUGCCGUUGUGCAAGUAAAACAAGUCAACAUUUAGGGUCCUCUUUGGAGACAUAGAAGCCUUAUAGCUCCAACUGCAAUGUCAUGGUAGGCGGGUUUUACAAAAGGAAUGACUGGAUACAAUGUAUUUUUUCUUCAGAAAAUGAGAACCUUUUAAUGAAUGUUAUUAGUCGCGGGUUUUACUGUAUUUAGCUAAUUCAUCUUUUCGUAAUUGAUGUUUUCAAUCAAGAUAAAAUAUGCGUUAUCAACAGGCAAUUUCCGAGUUCCACAAACCCUCACUUUCCGAGCAAAGCUAAGUGCAAAUCCUUUUUGUGAUAAUAAGUUUCAUUUGCAUGGGAGUAGAAAAAAGUCAUUUUUGUCACAGUCAUUUCGCUUAAAAACGUACAGAAGCUUGGGGUGACUCAGAGAUAGCCUGUUAAUAUUAUACAUUUAGAUCUUUAGAAUUAGUUGUUAUACACGAUUUUAUAGUGUAUCUUUUCUUCUUUUACUUUGUGAAACACUACUUCGUAUGUAAACUGCAAAACAGUCGGUUUUUUCCCUCAUAAUCGGUAAUACAAAGGCCCAAAGGGCAGGCUUGAGAUUUUCGCGCGAAGCGCGGGAGCCUCACACGCUCGUGGGUCCAGUAUCACUCGCCCUUUUCCACCUUCCCACCUUUCGAUUAACCGCUCGCGCGCGCGUCCUUAACAAAAGCAAAAAGUCGGGCUGUUUUACAGUUUAAUACGUUUGUGAUCAUUGAUAAAAUAUAACAGUGUGUAAAAAGAAACCAAUGAAGCCAAGUUCAGUACACCUUAACUUCUGCUUUAUACUAGGCUUGUUAUUUGUUCCUAAGUCAGUAAAGUUAAUCAGUUUAAGACUAUUCAAUAAAUUUACUAUUUGAACCUGAUUUUCCCCGUGUUUUAUCUGUGACUCUAAUAGGGAAGGAAGAAACUAUAUUAAAAUGGGAAUGAGAUACUUAAUAUGGGAAAUGUGUCAGCUGUCAACCCUCGGACGUACAAGGGUGAGGGGGAGGGGGGGGGGGGGGGGNAAAAUCGAGAGAAAAGGAAGAUAGCAAGACUUGAGGUUGGCUCUCCGUUUAAAAUCCAUCAUCUGCAUCAUUAUGUUUGGCUUGUUUGCGAAACACGCGCAAAAAUUCUAUUGUCUGACUCAGAGACAUCGCUGACGUCCACGGCCGAGUCUCUUGUCGUUGACGUCGACUAGGGCGCCUCAACGACAAGAGACUCGGCCGUGGACGUCAGCGAUGUCUCUGAGUCAGACAAUAGAAUUUUUGCGCGUGUUUCGCAAACAAGCCAAACAUAAUGAUGCAGAUGAUGGAUUUUAAACGGAGAGCCAACCUCAAGUCUUGCUAUCUUCCUUUUCUCUCGAUUUUACGACGUCCACAAGCAAGAAGAGUUCCACGAAGACAUAGUAUCACGUGAAGAAUUUGACUUUCUCUAGUUUCAAAUAGCGUCAAUACGCGAUGCGAACACUUUUGUAUUAUUUUUUUACUUCAGCGGCGUCCAGGCUGAAUUUAUUCUCUAUAACCAGAAUAGUAGUGAUGAUUUCUGGGAUAGCCUUCGAUAGUUCUGAUCGUCUCAGUCGUCUGAGAGCGUUUCCAUAUGAUCAUUUCAAAAUUUACACGAUCAUCCCCAUCGUUCGGAUAGAACUCAACUCUAUCCAAGCGAUCGAGGUCGUCUCAGUCGUCUGGGUCGUUUGUGAUCGUCCGGGUAGCGUUUCCACAUAAUCGUUCCGAUCGUCUGAACAAUAUUUGAGAUGACUGGGGGAAGAUCGGGACGAUCAGGACGAUCCAUGGAAACGAGGCUUAGGCGGCCAUUUUCCGUGGGGUGCUGCUGCGGACGCUGUCAGGGUUUACGAGAUAGAUUAUAUCUUUGGUUUUUAAACUCCUGUUUCGCCUGUGACAUUUUGUCUGAAUCUUGUAUUUUUAAUAAUAUAUCAACGACAGAUCGCUUUUUGUCACUUAAAUUUAUAUCAGUUUCAGUGUUUUUUUGUCUCUUUUUUUGCACAUACACGUCCGAUCACACUUCAAAAUGUAGGUACAUCAUUCUGAGAAUUGUAUUUUCCAUUUAAACCGUUUAAGUCAUUUUACGUUUUUAAAGAGAAUACAAAAUGAUGUUGACUUGUUGGGUAGAGCUACUGUAUAGUCGCACUGAAGAGCACCUGAAACAAAGGAUGACAAAAAUGGCGGCGGUCAGAGCGAGCGGUUCAACCUUAGUCUGCGUAGCAGGCGCUUGGAAGUAAUGGGUACCAAAAAGACUGAGCGCGAGGGAGGCACGCAAGGGAAGAGGGAGCCCUGUCCCCUCGCAUGUCUACCUCGCGCGGCCCGUUUUUUCUUUACUUCCAAGCGUCCGCUACGCAGGCUAGUUCAACCCUAAGUAAUAAAAUAUUAAAAAAUGCAUAACAUGAGAAAAUUUGAUAACAUUACGGAAAAAAAAUAACAGUCACGUCUACAACAUUUUUUGAACUGAAACAUAACGAGAAACAAAGGUGGUAACAAACCCCCUAUGAAGUCUGAACUACGUGGCGACACUAGCCCGCGUAGCAGGCGUUUUCGUGCGGGAACGAGGAACGAGAGUCAAAGACCGCGCGAAAAAUGGCGCGAGUAAAUUCCCGUUCCUCGUUCUUUCCUUGCUCCGAAACCAAACAGAAAAGCUUGCUACGCAGGCUAAUGCGACGCGAAAUCCACAACUACUUCUUCUUCUUCGGAUGGUGGGCUAUACUGAGUGUUAGCUCUCAAAUUAUGACCAUCGGUAUCAAUUACGGUCAUUACAUGGUGACUAUUUUUUAUUGGGCUGCCCAUUAGGGCAACGUUCAAUCAAGAAAUACCUCUUGUUCGUGUCGAAAAAAGACCAAAUGGCGGACGGAAUUCCUAGAAAACUGUUCAUGUCCCUUUCCCGCUGGGGCCGAUUUUUGCGGGGAGGGGACGCUUCAUUUCAGGUCGUCUGGCGAACAGACUUGGAAGUCGAUUUGGAACGAACACAAAAUUAUUUUGUGGAGUUAUUGGCCCUAUAUCUACGCCGAAUCAUUAUCUAAAUACAGUAUUCGAUGGUGUAAUUAGCCUGCGCGGGAGCUGCAGAAACAAUGCCCUCCCACGGUUCCCACGGAAAAAGCUUUAACUUAUUGCAAUUUUCUCCCUGCUUGUGUAAAGUCUUUCCUUAUAAGAAAGGAAUAAUCAAUAUCAAGAGCCAUAAUAGGACACUGUCCUAUUAUGAUCUCUUGUCAAUAUGCUAUUUGCAAAUCGCCCCGUCAAAAUUCACUUGAAUAGUUAGAUGGGCUUUAAAUACAAUAUCCAGAUAGAAAUAAAACUGAAAGUUAAUUUGCUUUGCGAGACAAAGAAACAAAAAAUUACUGUUAUAUAACAGUAUUUGAAACAUCAAAAGUUGGCCCGUUACGUUUCAAGAGUAGAACGACAGUGAGUUAUAUAAAUAAUAUUUGCGGUUAGAUUAAAUAAGUCACGUUUUACUGUCAUGCUAUAUUUUUGUUUCUUGUUUCAAAAGGCUAACUCACCUAUUUUUCUUCAUUACGGUAGGGGCCGUUUUCAGGGGAGCUCGUUUUUCAUCCCUCCCUGGGGAGGGAUGAAAAACGAGCUCCCCUAUAAACGCCUGCGUGGGAGGGUAAUCUCUGAGUUCUAGCUUAAAAACGAGUUGUUGGCAGACCAAUGAAUCCCCAUUACGGGGGUCUUGUUCCUUAACAAUUCAGCUGACGAGACAAAAUAUAUUAACGGAAGUGCUUCAGUACUACUACGAAAAAUUAGCCUGCGAGCAAGCUUUCCGACGGCCCGGAGGCGCGGCCUACAUAAGGGGGGACCGGACUAAGUCUCAAAAAAAUGCGUAUUGUAACCUUAGAGCAUCGCGAUUUGCCUUUCUAGCGAGCGAUCAACAAAAUUACAAUUUAUUGAUCUUGAAGUUUCCUUUAUUUUCAAAUAAAAGCAGCUUUUCAGUUCGUCUUCUAUUAGCUGAUUUGCUUUACAACAUGUUAAGAAUAGGUUCGAAAAUUCUUCUCGAUUUUUUUGCUUUUGACGGUCAAUCCAAAAAUGCUUGGUUUUUCAGAUCUCAGCGCAAUCAGCCAGUUUUAAAAAUUCUAUAAAAGUUUCCAGUCUAAGGAGGGCAUUUAGGGGUCCUCACCCCCCGGAAUCUCUCCUUGGAUUUUUCACUCACGUUUCCGUGUAAAUAGGAACCUUACGAUUCGACAACGGCGACGUCUAUGAAAACGUCACUGAAACAUCGUUUAAACUUUUUCGCGAUUAUCCCAGUUUACCCUCUUAUUUAAAAGAAGAGGAUUUUGGCUGGAGCUGAGGAGAGGGGAACGCACCCGAGUUGAGACAGGGGUGGUAGAAUUUAUCGCCUUGCCGUUCCCGUCCCCAAGUAAACUGAAAAUUUGGUCAUUUCACGUCGUCGUAGUGAUGCAGUGACUGCAAAAAAAUGUACAAAAAAGGGUGAUCCGGAGGGGUGGGGGUACUGUCAUAUAUGGGCUAUAUAGACAUGUGCCGCUGUGAAGGGUAUGGUUUUCAAGCAGUUUACCUCGGGAUAGGGUAUAUAAAUCAGAGAGUUUGGGUCUAGAAGAGGGUAUCUUUUUCCAUUUAAACUGAUCAAUUGGCUGAAGAUUGUAGUCUAGACUAGGGAAACCGGGAAUUGCCACUCAAGAAUAUAAAAAAAAUCAAGUCGGUUUUGUUUUGGUUGGACUGUGCUAGUGACCUCAGUUGUUUCUGGAAAACAGCUACUCUAGCAUAGGGGGGAUUUGGGGAGUUUAGUCUAGUAUAGGGUUGCAAAAUUCACUUGAACUAGCUCUGGUAUAUAUAGGCUAAGGGCGCCAGGGUCCCAGCGGCACAUCCCCACCCAAAAAGUCCUAAAGUACCCCAAAAAUCAGGGUGUGGGUGUAUAAAAGGGUGUGAUUUUUUUAAGAAAUGGUAAUGUUGGUGUAGAUUUUUUUUAAGGGGAGGGAACAGAGCAUCUAUGAGAGGGGGGGUUGGGGGGGUUUUCUUUUGAUUGGGGGUAAAAAAAUCCCUGAAAUAGGUCUUGUGAAAGUUGAGGGGUUCCCGGCCCCCGCGGGGGAACCCCCCCCCAAAAAAUCCAAAAGGGCCCCCCCCCCCCCCCCACCGGGAGCGUGAUGCACGUGCAGAGUUGUUGUUUUGCUCAUUAAACCUAUUGUUUUUUGCCGUUCCCGUUGCCGUCGUCAUAGUGGUUUCGUAAGGUCCUUAAUGGGAACCGUACGUGUCAGGCUGCGUGCGUGUUGAGUAACUAAUCCUGUACUAAAAUUACGUUAGAGUUGCAAACCGCCAAGUUCCUCAGUUUCGCUUUUGAAGCAUAAUUUAGGUGGAAUUAGUACUUUAUUUUAUCGUCGGGUGCGGCGACUAGCAGAAAUUAAAAAGCUAUCAUUCUUCUUAAAAAAGAAUUACUUAUUUACAUCUAACCAACACUGUCCUACUGUCUUAGUCUGCACCUUGAAACUAACGCGUCAGCAAGCGGAUCUCGUGACACUCGCGCGUGAGGUCUUAAUAUAUUCCCCAAUGGAGAGCUUGAUAGCAAUGUAAUACACUUUACACGGACCGUUCCUUACAGUGACACCUCGUAAAACUAAGCCUUUUUCCCAUUAAAACGAAACAAAUAUACAAUUUCCCCUUCUAAAGGGCUUAUUUCGUCAUAAUUGUUAAGAAUGUUAGGCUGGGUACAUUGCUGUUGUGUAAAAUUCUUCAGUUCUACUUUUUUUCAUCGAGUUUUCCGUAACGCAUAAAAUUUCCUACUUGUAGACUUUUGCCAAGCAGCAUGUUCUGCCGUUGCAUGGAACUAUUUUGUUGUGUAUUAACUUCUGGGCUCCCUUUCAUGAACCUUUGGAGUGGACAUUGAUCGCGAUGAACGUUUGGUACGUUUCCGUUCUCCAAAGGAGGUCAGAAGAUGAACUUUCAGACAAACUAAAACAAAGCUAGUCCGGAAAAACAAAAUAAACCUUAGUAGUGUCUCAAAAUCGGGAUAAAAUUCUGCUCAAUAAAAUGCGUUCUUUUUGUGCAUGAACGCAAGCCAGGAGUCCUCAGUAUUCCUUGGAUAUUCCUGUUUUGCUGAAGCAUCACAUCCGGAAGUACGCUUUAGGGGGAAUGGGAUCGAUUUCCGGUGGAAUGUGCAAUUGGCCUUGUCGUGUCCACAAAAUGUCUGCGGUGGAAGCGCGAACGCGAAAUAAGUAUUAGAUUGAACGAUAUGGAUGAAUUAGACAUGGGCUAACUACAAACAAAUAUCAAUAUACGCUUUACAAUGGAGCGGGAAACUGACCAUGUUCUACCUUUCCUAGAUGUUCUAAUCAACAACACUGACCCACACCAAAGUGCAACCACCGUUUACCGGAAAAAGACUUUCACAGGUCUCCUUACCAGUUAUCUGAGUUUUUGCCCCUUUACCUACAAAUUGGGGUUAAUCAAAACCUUGAUUCAUAGAACUUUUAAGAUAAACAACACUUGGAUGGGGUUCCAUACUGACCUUCAAAAAUUGUCUGUCAUUCUGCGGAGGAAUCUCUUCCCUGAAAACCUUAUCAACAAAUAUAUUUCUAAAUAUAUUCAGACAGCAGUCAAGGGAGGGAAAACACAGCCCUAUUCAGGAGUCGAGCCCCAGGAAACGCCUAAGUUCUUCUUCAAAAUCCCUUACGUUGGGCACUUCUCAGUCACGGCACAGAGGAGUAUACGCAAACUUGCUAACCGGUUAUGUAAACCUAUUGAUUUAAGGUUAGUCUUUACUACUUUCAAAGUCAGGAAUCUUUUUAAUGUGAAAGAUGCUGUCCCUGAGGGGCUACGCACGCGUGUGGUCUAUAAAUUUUCGUGUGCAAGUUGUAAUGCUUGUUAUGUUGGUGAAACCAGCCGACACUUCUCCACACGAGUGCGCGAGCACUUACUUUCAGACAGGUCUUCGAACGUUUUUAAACAUCUGCAGGGUUCAGAGUUUUGUAGAGCAUCCUGCACACCGGAUUGCUUCGAGAUCCUGGACUCUGCAGCCACUAAGUACCAAGUGAAGCUUAAGGAAUCCAUGUUCAUAAAAUGGGAGAAGCCCGAUCUCAACCAGCAGGUGAAACACAUUAACCUGACUCUCUCCCUGUAAAGAACUAAGCGUCACUCAUUUAACUUUGUUUUAGUACGCAAUAUUGACAACGCAAUGUAACGAACUUUGUAAGAUCGCGCGCGCUUUAAAUUCAACGGCGAUUUCAAAAUAUGUAACACUGAAGAUGACGGAUGUACCGUCGAAACAUGUCUGGAAAAUUAAAGAAAGUUGUUAUGUUUAUACGACAAACAAAUAUCACUUUUUACUUUUUUAUUGUAUACUUGUUGUAUAAUCGCCAUCUAAAGGGAUGUUUCAGGUUAAUUUGCCGUCCAUCAUGGAGCGCUCCUUCGUCCUUGUGAUAGUCUUCUUGUCAAGUUUAGGUUAGAUCAAGUUGCUUGAUGGCGGAUUCAUUUCAAUUUCUGUUAAAUUUAUUCCUUUGCUUAUGCUGAUAUACAUUUGAAACGUUGGAUUCUUGAGGACGCUCUCCCAUCAUGUUUGAUCGAGAACGUAGUCUUGAUCUUUCUCGUGAAGAAAGCAGAAUUUGAGCGCAGCUUCUACUUUUUCAGCGAAAAGGUCGAUUUGACUUGAUUUCGAUGAAAGAUGGCAAAUAUAAGAUAAUGUACGCAUUUCAGCUAAAUCUUAAUUCGGCAACUUUCAUAGAUGAAGGAUUAUCUAUUCUUAUCUAUAUGUUUCGUUUGCUUCAAAGUCCCUAUCCUUUAACGGAAAACUGACAUACUUACAGAAAGCUAACAGAAAGCAGCUGUUAGCAAGAAUGGGUAGCACAGGUAGCACUCGCCUGAGACAGUUAGGGCGUAAAUAAUGGCGAUACCCGCGAUGAACAGGGAAGCGCGCACAUUCCUUACCUAGUUCCCGGCAUAGGCUGAGAGGCUGUAAUAAAAGAUUUUGUUCGUUCUACGUACUGGAGUCAUUAAAAAGGAAGUUCACAUUGACAAGUUUAUCUGAGCGACAUUUUUUCUGAAAGGUUUGUGCUCCCUUCAAUGGCCUGUACGGGGAGGCUCCGCCCAAAGGAAAUACCUUAUGGCACCAGAUUUUUUUUUCUGUUGUUAAAAAUCCUCCGAGCAAGAACAAACCAGCGCAAAAGUUAAUUGCAAAAUACGUAUUCGACUGCUAUGAGAAAAGAAGAUCAUUAGUUCUUUAGGGUAACAUUGAUUAUAGUUUCACUAGUGUGCAAUUUGUGUUAUGAUUUUAAAUUAUUUGGAUAAAGUCGAUGUACAUAGGGCUGUAUAAGACUCCAAAUAAAUAAAGCAUUGUCUUGUCUUGUCUUGUCUAUAAAAAGGUGGGCAUUUACUAGCUGAAGUAUUUGAAAGAGUAGGAAAAUCUAUCAUUUCGGUCUGUAAAAAAGACCCAAAGGGUUAACAAAUGCAUUUUAAGCUGUGAAAAAGUAAAAAAAAAAAAUAACGUUCUCGUUUUGUGAUUUAUUCAUAGUUUAAAAGACACUGGAUCAGAACAGCAGUUAAAAAUGUAUGCAAAGUUCCAAACUAGGUAUGUGAUAGGGGUACCUUUUCUGUCAUAAUCAAAUGGUGUACAAAAGGGUAAGGGGCUGGAUCUCCGGGCGGAGCCUUCCCGCAUAAACCUUUCUUGAGUACUCCCCCCUUCCCAGUGAAAUAAACUUUCUACCAGGUGAUCCAUUACUUCUUAGUGACUUGCAGUUCAAUGAGCGCUAACAAUAACAGCUAAAAUUCACAUAUAUUUUUUUAUCCUCAGUUUUCAGUCAACUAAUUUAUCUUACUCUUUCCUCAACCGCUGCUUUUGAUUUUUUCUUUAAUAGGUGAAAGGCAAGAGUUUGCUUUAGCAUUAACGAAGUUAUCAAGCAAUUAAGGUUAAGGUGAGCUCUCUAUCGAAGAAUCUUUCUCUAAUACAAUCUCCAUUAUUCUUGAUAUUUAAGAAGUCGACGUCAACUCUCUUAGUUCACCUCCUAACUUCUCUUUUUCAACUAACCAAACUUUAUUCGAUUUCUUCUUGAAGGGAGGAGAAAAGAUAAUUAAAAGAAAACAAUGUUCUCCAGGAGGAUGGCUCUCAAAUUGCUGCCUUUGCCUUAUUGUUAUCUGUGUUUCCUACACCUCCAUUGCUUUAAAAGUUUUGUGUGGAACCCGUCCUCCGUCCCACGGUGCAGCCAUUAGACAAAGAAAACUGACUGUGACAUUAUUCAUAACGACCCUUGUAUCAUUGCUGUUGUUGUUACCAUAUGUUAUAUAUAUUUUUGUUUCUUUCAGUGUUAUACCCAGCUUAGUGACAUUUUUUCGUUUG